AUGAAUCAACUGCCGACCGCCGCGCGUCGUCGCUCAAACCUGGGCAACGCCCCUUCGGCCGCCGCUGCGGUCUCGACUCAAGCUGCACCAUCAUCAUCCGACACGAGCAAGAGCGACCACAUCCAGUUGCCCACAUCCUCGUCCCGUACCGCAAUGACAGCAUCCAUCCCUGCAGCGGGCUCGGGUGCGUCUGCAGCUACAUUAUCCAGCUUUCCUGAUGCAUCUAGCGCUCCUGAUGUCGAGACGACCAACUGGAACGCUGUAAAGCUGUUGGCUACCAAGUAUGGUAUAUAUCUGAGGCCUUAUGAGGAGGAGGAAGCAGCAGCUGCUGCUGCUGUCGCAUCUGCUCAAGCCUCAUCGUCCACCUCUUCAUCUGUGCAUCCAUCUUCCUUCGUAUCGUCCGACGCUACUGCCACUGACGAACUCGACUACGGCCGCGGUACGCCUUUCAGAAUUACAGCCAAGCGCAUUGAAGGUGGCAGAACCGUGUAUCGUUUCAAGUACAGGAACGACCCAGCGUCUCAAGCGGACGCAAUGGGCCCAAAUAGCAGCUCUCCGACUAUUCCGCGCUCGAGCUCGGAGAGCGUCGCUUUAGCAGCUUCCCAUGACAUUGACACGAUGGCGCGUCUCAGUGUGGAGGAUCUAAGCGCGGGAACGGCAGGCGACUCGGCGUUCAAAGCUCGGCGAGGACGUGCAGGCAGCAAAGGAAACGCCUCGGCUGCUGGGUCUACUGGUAGAUCUAGUAAAGGCAAGAGUAAGGCUCUCAAGACCAGCAAGAGCAUCCCGACAUUACGAAGCAUGGGCUUGAUGGGAGCGUCUUCUGGACAAGCGAAGAACGCCGGGGGGUCUAGCUCCGCUGCUUCUGGCUGGGUCGUUGUGCCUCCUUUGCCCGGUCAAGCCAAGUCAGGCAACACUACUCCAAUGCCUCAAAUUUCUUCCACAUUAUUGUCUCCGCCUCAUGAAGGAGGUCACGCCACGAAUCAAUCUUCGAGAUCCUUCAGCGGCCCUUUGAACGCGCGCGAUAGAUUGACAGCAGCAGAGGCCGACAGGUUGCAAGGCGGUGAUGUCUUGGGCGCUAUCUUGGGACUUAGACAAGAGCAGCAGCAAGAAGUACAGCAUGCUCAAGAACAGCAGCAGCAGCAUAUUCUGUCCAGAUACGAGGCAAAGGGCGAAGACGUGUCUCUGAGGACGGGUCUGGAAGCCCACGCUGCUGCCAACUUGUCGCGCAGAGCAGCGCCUCCAUCCAGCUGGCGCGGUGCUAGCCCUUUUGGCCACCCAGUUGUGCCCAUGACCAGAGGAAGCAGCGCAACUUCUUCCUCUUCUGGAAAAGCGGCAGUGACAAGGGGCACCUCUUGGGACACUUCGCCCAUACCUCAGAUGACAAGCUUUGGCGAGCCGCUGUUCAAGGAUGUGCACAAGUUUGCCGCUGCUCAAGGUCGGUCGCCUUACAGCUCAGACCAAGACCAGGGGCCCGACGCUUCUGGUAAUCACGCCUCUGCGCGGCAUGCGAGAAGCCUGUCUGACUCUCGCUCCCCCGCUAGCCCGCGCCAGAGGCUGCUUCGGGAGGCCCAGAGCUUCGAAAGUGCCGACUCCGCAGCCACUGCGCGAGCUGGGGAAGAAAAAAUCUCGCUGUCGACACUUCCUCCAGCCAUCCUGCCGCAUCUCGACAUCAGCGAAUGCGAGGAAAUUCUUUGUGACGAAGGGUACAGAGACGAAGACGACGAGGCGGAAAGGAUGGUACCGCUUUCUGCCAUCAGGGCCAAGGAUGAAGAGACCUUGAUAUUUGAUGUGCUCCAGCAUUAUGCCUUGACUGACGCGGCAUCAAUUACCUCUCCCGCAACUUCCACGAGCGGCGGAGAUUCGAAACGAUCCAGCUUAGCAACAACACUGUCGUCGUCGGGCGAAGAUCAGAGUCCGGUACACACUCGUAGCCCUUCCUCGACGGAGGAUCCCGCCUUGGGUACUUCAGGCGCAAACGCCAAAGAAUCUGCGCGCGUCACGAUCGCCUCUGCUACGUGUGGAGAUGAUCCUAGAUUUGCUAUCUGGGCCAUGCGGUCAUCUGAUAUGGACGGGCAGCUGCAGCUUUGUGGUCGUGAUGGAAAGGUUCUUCCGGAUAGUCCCCAGCUGGGAGACACACCCUUCGGUCGACAAGCCAAAGCUUCGGCGGGCGAUGACGGCUCUGCAUCUUCCUCGCAGCUUGGAAAUACCGCAGCAGCGAAGCGCUACAGCACUGCUCGCGCUGUGACGGGCGAGGGCGCCUCGGCUGUCGCUGCGACAUCUUCGCCGACCAGUGCUGGACAGGGCACCCAGCAAGCCAACGGCAGAGCUCGAAGCGGAAGUCGCUCCAAGCGCACUGGCUCAGCCAGCGGCGCAGGCUCCUUCAUGUCAUCAACUUCAACGCAGCCCAAGCCUUUCCUCAUCGCGGGCACGUCCACUCGUAUUGUCUCGGAGCUGACGUCGGAGAUCGAUGGCAGGUUGUUGACGGAUUUUUUCCUCACCUUCCGAAGCUUCAUGACGGCCUCCGAGUUGCUGUCGCUAUUGAUCAUGCGCUUCAAGUGGGCCAUGGCGCAAGUGGUAGGACCUUCCGACGAAGCGCAAAGGCGCAUUGUCCGGGUUCGCACUUAUGUCGUCCUCAAGCAUUGGCUGUCCAACUUCUUCGAGGCCGACUUCUUGCCCGAUCGCGCGCUCAGGCGACAGUUGACGGAAUGGCUGAAUAGGAUCGGAUCGGAGCAGGAGCUUCGAUCCAGACCUGCCGAUGCUGGUAUCAUACGCAGCUUGAAGAAGCUCGUCAGGAGUCUCAAGGAGCAGUAUCAGAGCGCCGGCAUGAGCGGUCUGCUUCUUCACGAGAGCGGACGGUCGGACAGUAAUCAGAGCGAACCAAGUCCCGAAGCGGGUCACUCGUCUGCCGCGUUCGCUGCUUCGUUUCACGGAACACAGAGUGUCGAGGCAACCAGCACAGAAGAGGUGGACCUCAACUUCAGCGAGGACUCGGGAGAAGAUGCGCCAAAAAAAGCUCCCUUUACCAUUCAGCAGUCACUCAUGCCCUCGAGGGAUGCUGCGCCAGAGCUGUCCUCGGCCGAUAUCGCCAACGUCGAAGAUGCUGACGGCGUUCGUGCUCUGUACGGCCGAGGUGGAGCGGCACGCCUUGUGCGCCAUCGCCAUACCUUGGCGCCUGCUACGCGCCAACAAGCAGCGCCUCCCAGUCCUCUCCAGCCUUAUAGCUCAACGGCUUCUGGCACGUCACAGUCUGGAAUGCUGCCGCCUGUGCUUCCUUCCUCUCAGAAUCCCAUCUCGAGGGUGUUUGUCAAUACCGUCGGGCGCAUCUCGAGGUUCCGCCGUGUCAUUGGGCAGCGUGGCGCGCCGAACAAUGCCUCUGAAGCCAAUGGCAUCGACGGAUUGGAAUUCGAGGCAAACGAGAGCGGCGACUUGCUCUUCAUUCGAGGAGGCUUGGAGAAUUUCAUCUCGUUCUUCGGACUCAGGGACGAGGAUCAAAAAGGCGACAUCCGUCAUGCGCUGGCGUCGCACCUGCACACCGCAGAGGAGAGGGCGCUCGCGCCCAGCGAGCUGACCGAAGACGAGGCACUCGGGAACAUCAGCAGCGAUAGUGCGGGUGAAAGUGCUGGGAUGGAGGGUACCCCAAGUCUGAGCGGCGCGAGCGCGCAGACGAGAAGCACUCCUGCCUCAAGCUUGGAUUUGUCUGCCUCGGAGCGCGAAUUGCCCGUGCUGGAUGCCAGCGCUCGCGCUGGACUCGGCAUCGAGGGUGCAGGCAUUGCGAGCGACCCCGGGUCAAACAACGCUUUGACAGGGCCCGACGCAAAGGCAGUGUUGACGAGCACUGAUCACGAUCCAUUACUUGCGGAGCAAGGAGAGCUCUCUGCGACGACGGGCAGUUCCUUGGGGGAGGCGGCAAUCAACGAAGUGAGCGAUGGCGGGCAACAUCCGGUCCACCACGCUCCAAGCGCAUCUACGCUUCGGUCCGACUCCACUGUCAUUCGUACGCCUAGCUUGCGAAAGUCCACUGCGCCCCAGGAGCCACGCAGCUCAAUGCUUUCGAGCCGAUACCGGGGCCUUGGCAGCAGGCAAAGCAUCAGAUCGAUCGCUAGUAUGCAACGAACCAGCAGCGACCGGCCGAAUAUCGUUCAGAUCGAUGACAUCGACCUCUCGAGUGAUGAGGACGAUGGAGUGGUCAGAAGGGCUCUGCGCAGACUGCCAGGUGCCAGAGAUCUUCGCAUGGCCCAGCACGUCCAGGAUCUGGAGCCGACAAAAGCAGUUCGAAUGAGCAUGGAAAGCCUUGCUAGCUUCAACCCGGGCCAAGUCUACAGCCCUAUAGGCGCGCGAGCGUCGGUCGGAAACGCGUCUUUGACGCGCGCCCCCGGGUUUGGCGGCCCUGGUAGCAACUAUGCGCCUUCGAUUCUGUCAACGCGAAUGAGCUUCAUGGAGCGUCAAAGAGCAGAGGCCGAACUGCUGCAUCCUGAUCCGGUCAUCGGAAUGCUGCAGACCGAUCUGUUCGACCCAGAUGAAGCCUUGGCCGGCUACGAGCUCGUCCGUGGCUUCAGACUCGACCUUGCCGAUAGCGACGACGAGGAGCCUGGAGACGUCGAAGCUGCUUUACGGCGCUUGGAAGGUGUCAUAGAUGAGGAUAAACAACGGUCCAAGGCGAAGCGAGUGGAGAAGCUCUUCCUGGAAAGCCUGGCGCGGAAUGCGCAGACGUCAACAGGUGCGCAACUAACGGGGCCAGCUGCGGACGACUCUCAGAUCGCCGGCUCGGAAGCAGUGGCCCAAACAGACGGCUCGAAAGCAAACGAGUCUCACGCUUCUAUCGCAGAAGCGCAAGCAGAGCCGCGCGCGAGCAGCGUGUCGGAUCUCCCCGAUCUCGUUGCUGCCCUCAACGCUGAUCGUCAAGGUCGCUUCGAAGCUCAGCGCUCAGAGCUGCCUGCUCCGCGCCUGGGCGAAAACCCGAAGCAGCGCCGCAAGAGUCACGGAGGCGCUCUGAGCAACACGUUGUACCCUGGCAGCGCACAGCAGACUCCUCAGCUCUCCAAUGCGCAGUGGAAUCCGCCGCCCGUCCAUCGCUCCUUCCUCUUGCAAUACAGCUCGGAGAGCAUGGCGCAGCAGCUGUGCCUCAUCGAAGCCGAGCUGCUCAAAGCUGUCACAUGGGAAGAGCUCGUUUCGGAUCGGUGGAAGCAGACGGUUGGCGUUGUCAACGAUUGGGAGACUUUCUACCAAGGCCGAGUGCGAGCGAAAGCUGAAGCUAUCUCGUAUCGCAAAGCGCAUACCGAUAGCGCUGUAUCUGCAAUCGUUGCUCGCUUCAACUUGACUUGCAAUUGGGUCGCCAGCGAGAUCGUGUUGACGCAAAACGUCGACGAGCGUGCUGCCGUCGUAGCUAAGUUCAUUCGCGUUGCCUUUGUGAGUGUGGUCUCUGUAGUGCGCUUAGGGAUAUUAUGGUGGAGACUGACCAUGCCUUUCUCGAAUGCUCCCGCAGAAAUGCUGGCAGCACUCCAACUUUGCUUCCCUUGCCCAGAUCAUCUUUGGUCUACAGUCUCCGUGGGUUGAAAGACUGCGGAGAACGUGGAGCAGGGUCGGCAUGUGGGAGAUGAGGGUCUUGCGGGAUCUGAAGAGCUUUGUCAGCCCAGUGCGCAACUUUAGACUUAUGCGAAACGCCAUGCGCGAUAUGGUCUCGGAUGCAUACGUGGACGACAUGGCCAGCGUCGGCACUGCUCGACCUCCUUCUGUUCGUCUCAAUGGCGCUACUGCGGGCGGAGCGACGGCAAAGGGAACGGUCAGUGAAGGCUGCAUACCUUUCUUCGGUGAGUCGGACGCGUGUCUAGCUGCUGUAAUAAACUGCUGUUGCUGAUAGAAAUGCCGGAUGAAUCUCAAUUCAGGCCUCUUCAUCUCCGACUUGGCCAUCAACGACGCGCUUCCAUCGCUCCUCGACCCAUCAUCUCCUUCCACGCAACCGGUCGAUCUCAGCAAGAGCGCGCACGCUGGCUUGAAGCCAGAACUGAUCCCGGCAGAGCCUCGCGCCUUCGAUCAUUUGCCUCCCUUGCCGCCUUCCAUCAGGCUUGAACCACUGAUAAACGUGUACAAAGCUCGCAAUACCGCGGCCAUCGUCAAGACGGUCAUGGCCUUUCAGCAACGCGCUCGUCUGUAUCCCUACGAAGCCAGCGCGGCCGUGUACGUCAAGGCGCUCAAGAUUCGUUCGUUGGACUCGAAUCAGAUGACUCAGUGAGCACGAAGCAGUAUUCGCUCCCGCGACAUUUCGACUGGGCAAAAUUUCUAACCUUGCCUCCCCUUUCGCUUCUGCUUCCUCCUCCUUCGAAAGAGUGUCGUACAUCGCCGAGUCCUGA